AUGCACUGUCGCCCCUGCGAAACGUGGGUUGACGCGCGACGGUGCCCUUCGAGUGUCGCAGCCGUAGCCGUGCAGCGAGUCAAGGUUCCCAUAUCUGCAAGAGAGCCGAUGGACGGUGACGGCGUCGGCGGCACUGCGCAAGAUGCAAUCUCAUGCUGGCUGCACGACUUCCAGCUGUCUGCGGGCGAGCCCAUUCUGCAGAAAGCUGGCGUAGAGUACGGGAGCGAGGUCAUGUGGUGGAGCGACUCACGUCGAAGGAAACGCCCGCACGAGGGUAUCGACAUAACGCUCGCGGAUGCAUGCAGCAUGCGCAGCUUGCCCCUGCGAUUUGCCGAGCCAGGGCGCGUCGUAGGCAUCAUUGAUGACUUCUUGGGGCGCACUGUGAUCGUGCAGCGGCCCCGCCACCGAGAGCAGUUCUGGUUGUACGCCCACGUCGAGCUGGCCGACGACAUCGAGCUGGGAUGCUGGGUUACAGAAGCGAGCUUUCUUGGCCACGCUGCCGCCUCAGCAACCAAGUGCCCCUCGCAUUUGCACAUUUCGCUCGUGGAAUCAGCAGGGGUCAUGUCGCCUACGGAGGCUUCGGACGCUUGGCAGCGUGUCACCUGGAGUACGAUCCACGAGUGGGACUGGCUACGAUUCGUGCCGCUCACGCUGCAGCUCCCCCAGCGGCGGCCGACGCACACAGAGCGCGGGCUGUGGUGGGCAGGGCUUCUAGGAGGCGUACUUCUGAUUACGUGCGCAGCGGUGAGCAGGUAUCGACGGCCUUGACGCCAAUGGACGUGCUGCCACCUGAGCGCCCGCCGUUGCCCUCGCUGCCUGCGGUGGCCCAUCCGAGGCUAGACGGCUCCGACGAGGACGCGUGGCCCGCCGCCGCUGCGCUCCGCCUGUGGCGCAGGCUCAGCAUGCGGUGGUUUUCAACUGCGCGUCUGUGAUUGAGCUGGGCGCAGGUGCGCGCGCCGUCGGACUGCCAGCAGACUGCGUCGGCGCCUGGCGAAUCGUGCUGACCGAUCGCGAGAGUGAGCCGACCGCGCCGCCGACUCGCGCACCUCGUGCUGCCGUAUGGUGCGUGCAGGUGGCCCCGCUGGCCUGGGGCGUCGAGGGCGCGCGACCAGGGCCGGGCCUGCACGGCGCUGCAGCUAGCCCGCACACGGCAGCGCACCGUCCUGCUGCAGUCGCGAGUGGCACCGCGCACGGGAGGUGGCCCUCUGCGGAGCUGGCGGCGGUGCUGGCGGCGGUGGACAGCACCAGUCGUCGAGGGGAUGCCGGCCCACGUGCACAGGGACACUCAGCGCGCGGGCAGGCCGUCCCAGCCUGACCCCGGAGGCGCGGAGCGCGGCAGAGCAGCGAACUCUCCGCGCUCUCUCGGUCGCGCCGGCCGCGCACGGGGUGCAGCUCGCGCUCGCGGAGCCGGGGGUUGGCACCGGGCGUGGCUGUGAGGAGGACGCCAGCCGCACACCUGGGUGCACCGGUCCUGGCUUGCAGCUGCGCCUUGCCGAGAGCGUUCCCGGGGGUGCCCGCGUCGUCCGAGUGGCCGCCGGAGACCCGUGUGAUGACUCGAAAGCGGAGCGGCCUUCUCCUCUCAGGGGCAACGUCAGGAGGGG